CAUCAUGUUGUUCAUCUGCAGGUUCACUGAAUUCUGCAAAGCAAAGGUGGCCAGUGCAGGGACAGAAGGACAGAGCAGCAUUGACUCAUUCUUGACCACCACAAGUGUCUAUGUGUACAGCCAGGGCCAACCCAGGCAGAAGGCCAUAACAGAGGCUAUACUGCAAGACCUGAUCAUUUCCUGCAACCUGCCUAUGUCCUUAGUGGACAACCCUCACUUUAGGCAUUUCAUGUUAGUGGUUGAUGACAAAUAUAGACCAGUAAGUAGGCCCACGUUGACCAGGCGCCUGCAUGACUUAACACUGAACAAAGAGGCUACAAUCAAAAGUGCCCAAGAGAAGACAGAAUCAGUGUCUGUCACUGUAGAUAUAUGGACUGACAGGACCAUGAGGGGCUUCAUGGGAGUAACGGCCCAUUACAUGGCCAUGGAAGAGAAGAAAACUCCCAGACUGGAGUCAGUUCUGUUGAGCUGUGAUAGAUUCACAGGGUCACACACUGGGGAAAGAACCAGUGAUACAUUUGAAGUAAUAUGUGAUAAUUUUGGCAUAAAACAUGAAUUAGAUGAUAUCAUAUGUGAUAACGCUGCAAAUAUGAAAAAGGCCUUCACAGUUUGUUUCCCCAAAGCAAGCAAUGAUCAUGAUGAUGAUGAUGAUGUGGAAAACCCCAGCCUAUGGGAAUAAUUUGGUGAAGAGUACAAUGCUGAUGUUGAAGCUAUCCAAACCAACUGCAGGCAACAGCGCUUACAGUGAUUUGCCCAUUCAUUACAACUGGUGAUUAGAGAUGGACUAAAGGAAACAAAAAUCAUAAACAGUGUGAUGGCUAAGGUAACUAAACUUUGCAGCUUACUACAUACUACCUGUGGUCUGAAAGAAGCAUUUGAAGCUGAGUUCGGAGCCAAUCGUAGUAUCCCUGCUGCUGUGUCUACCAGAUGGAAUUCCAUCCUCUGGCUUGUUAAAGCAGUCACCAAUCUGAAUCAACAAAGCCUCAAUACUCUACUUGAGGCCCAAGGACACAAGGAGCUCUGCUUAUCACCAAGGGAAUGGAGCCAGCUAUUGGAGCUAGUGGACAUUUUGGACCCUUUUGUCCAGGCCACCGACCUUACUCAGGGGGAGAAAGUGGUGACUCUCAGUGCUGCCCUUCCUUGUGGACUGUCACUCAACUAUCAUCUGCAAAGUAUACUGAGCACAAGUCGACACCUAGACAGUCUAGUAAAAGCACUACAGCAGUCACUCAAACGCCGAUUCCAUGGGGUGUUUGUGAAUGUCAGAAUGGAGCACUCGGAUGAACAGGCAACAAAACUUCCAUUUGGUGACAAUGUAUACAUAAUGGCUGCACUGCUGGACCCAACUUUCUGCCUGUUCUGGCUUGAUCAUGAUGUCCUCAUACCACAUGAAGAUAAAGCUGAAUUGAAGGAGAGUCUGAUUGACCUUGUUUUCGCUGAGGCACGGAAAGUCACUGUUACGGAGAGCAGUAGUGGACAAGAAGAAGAACAACCACCUGCCAAAACCUCCAGACUGUUCUCUGGCUACCGCAACAAGAUCAGCAAGAAGAAAGGAGACAUAAAGUAAUCUGUCAGAGCAGAGAUUGUUCGCUACAUUCAAGUAUCUUCUGAUGAAAAUGAAGUCGAUUGCUUGGAUUUUUGGAGAAUCCAUGCAAAAUACUUUCCAAGGCUCAAGCAGGUAGCAAUGACAGUGUUGGCUGUGCCUGCCACUAGUGCCCCAGUGGUGAGAUUGUUUAGUCAUGGAGGCCUCAUCAUGCGCCCUCAUCGUGCCAGGCUCAGCGCAAGAACGCUGACAAACUUGAUAUUUCUGAAAUGUAACCUGUCUGCAACAGAAAUGUUCUCUGUCUUAGUGCACAGGACGUAAUUUGCUACUUGUUACAGGAAAUUGUGUUUCUG